AUCCGGGCGACGCUUUUCUUGCCCCCUACUCCAGGAGAAGACCCCUUUCCAGGAAUCAUCGACAUACAUGGAUACACAGGAGGUCUUUUUGAGCACAGAGCCAGCCUGCUGGCCAAUCAUGGCUUUGUCACACUGGCCCUGGCUUAUUUCAAAUAUGAGAAUCUGCCCCAGGAGCCAACUGAACUCCACCUGGAAUAUUUUGAAGAGGCGGUGAACUAUAUGCUGCAGCACCCACAGGUGAAGGGACCAGGGGUUGGCCUGCUCGGUUACUCCAAAGGAGCUGAUCUGUCUCUCUCCAUGGCCGCCUUCCUGAAGAACAUCACAGCCAUUGCUUCCCUCAAUGGCCCUGUGGCCAAUACAGUUAUUCCUCUCUGUUACAAGGAUAAAACCAUCCCCCCUUUGCCCAUCGAUGAACAACAGGUCAAGGUCAUUGAUUCCAAUAUUCUUGAUUGUUCUAAAGCCUUUACUGACCCCUUUCAAGCCCCUGGCAACCAAAGCCUGAUCCCACUAGAGAAAGCUGAGGCACAGUUACUAUUCAUUGUGGGACAAGAUGAUCACGUUAUUAAAUCUGAGUAUCACGCUACUGAAGCUUGCAAGUAUUUGCAGGCUCAAGGGAAGGAAAAUUUUCAGAUUCUGUCUUACCCUGGAACAGGGCACUGCAUUGACCCUCCCUUUUUCCCUUUGUACCCCAUAGGAAAGCGUCUCUUUCCUCACAAGUGGGCAAUUUGGGAUGGGGAGCUUGGGGCUUAUUCUAAAGCUCAGGUUCAUGCUUGGCCACAGAUCCAGGCUUUUUUCAACAAAUAUUUAAAUGACAACUAA